CAUUACCCAGUCCAGAGAUGGAGGAAUUUUUCCCUGGUUUUAAUAACUGAAGGGAGCAGUCAUGUGAAAGUGGAGACCCCCUUCAUUCAAAUGAUGCAGCCCCUUUGUGGUUAUUUGGCGAUGACAAGACACACACACUCUCAUGGCAGAAGUACUAGCAGAGCUGAUUACUGUCACCCAUCCAGUUUUUAUUUUUCCAAGGCUUGAAGAACAGAGAUGCUGCAAUGACAGAGUCGGAAGAGACAGUCCUGUACAUAGAACACCGUUACGUGUGUUCCGAAUGUGGGGAGGAAUAUCCCAAUUUGACAGAUGCUGUCCUGCACCAGCAAAGCCACACGGCAGCCGCCGAGGCACCCCAGUACCAGGUGCUGGGACUUGGCUCCCAGGAAAACCAGUAUCAGUGCCUGGAAUGUGGGCAGCUGUUGAUGACACCCAGUGACUUGCUUGCCCACCAGGAACUACAUCUCCGUCUACUGAACCCACCUAAUCCUGAAAGCCCGAAAGCCAAGCGGCCGUCUCGGAGCGAGAUUCAUUAUGAAUGCCCGGAUUGCAAAGCCUUGUUCAACAGCCAGGAUGUGUGGAUGGCCCACAGGUACACUCACAUGGAAACCCAUAAUGUGCCACAGUCUAAGGUGCUGCUGCAAACAGAAGACCAUGUUAUGGAGGAUACACUGCAGCUCAUGUGCAACCCCUCAGCUCCCGGAGAGGUCCACCUUGUGACAGGACAACAGCAUUUCCAUGUACCCACCACUUCGUCCACUGCAGUCUCGCACACCCAGGUGCUGGUGGACUUGGAACAUUCGUACAAAAAAAAUGAAGGGGUGACUGAGGAUUGUGCGGUGGAAGUGUUGUUUUAUAAGUGUUCGGAGUGCACUCAGCUCUUCCAAACGCCUGGCGAGUUCCUGGAGCAUCAAGCCACACAUUUCCAAGGUCAGGAAAGUGUCGCAGAAGCCAGCGAGCAACCCGCUGAGGCAUCCCAAGAAGCUUCAAGUGAACAGGUGCAGAAAGAGUUGCCCACCCCUGAAAAUUGCGAGCAAGUAAGUGGUAACGUCUCUGUUCCUUCUGAAGAAGAGCAAGCCGAAGCGACAGCUGCUGAUGUACUUUCCUGCGCACCAUGUGGAGUGACUUUUAAAACGGUUGGGGAACUUGAGCUCCAUCAGUUGUCUCAUCAAACUGGGCCCUACAGUUGUCCCCUAUGCAGCAAAGUCUUCCCUACCCACCCAGAGGUGGGUGAACACCUUAGAUCACAUCGAGGAGAGUCGCAUUACCUUUGCAUGGAUUGUGGCCUUGGCUUUGCUAGUGAGGCUGUUCUACUAAAUCAUCGCCGGACCCACCUCCCCAACCCUCUGUUCUCCUGCGAAUGUGGACAAACGUUCAUUAACAUGACAAAGUUCCUUUAUCACCGCCGACAGCACAGCAAUAAACCACGCGAGCCUGCUCCGGUGGAAGAGAAGAAAAUCAAUUCCUACACUGUCCCAAGUCCCGCUGGAGGCUUUAUGUGUUUUCCCUGCGGGAAAGCUUUUGCCGUGCUUCCUCAGUUGUUGCGCCACCAUCGCUUUGUGCAUGCACUUGAAAGGAGACACAAGUGCCCGACUUGCAGUAAGCCCUUCAAGAAGCGUUCUCACCUCCGGAACCACAUGCUGACCCAUACCGGGGAGCGGCCCUACUCUUGCACUGAGUGCACCAAGUCCUUUAACUCUCAAGCCAAUCUGCUGCGGCACAAACUCACCCAUACAGGAGAAAAGCCACACAAGUGCCAGCUUUGCGGCAAGGCGUUCAGCCAGUCAUCCACGCUUCAACAGCAUCUCUUCGUCCACAGUCAGGCAUAUCCAUACAAGUGCACGGAGUGUGGGAUCAACUUUCACCGCCCUUAUCGCCUCCUCAUGCACCAGUAUCACCACACCGGAGAGUACCCCUACAAGUGCCAAGACUGCGGCCUCUCCUUCUUACUCAAGAGACUGCUGGAAGUACAUCAACUAGGGCAUCGGGGUGAGGUGCCUUCCCGGUGUGAGGACUGCGGCACAAAUUUCCCUAGUUCUCAGAGGCUAAAGGACCACCGCUGUAACCGAGCCGGAGGCGGAACAGGAGAGAAGCUGGAGUGCCCUGUGUGUGGUAAGAAAAUGAAUUCCGAUGCUCGACUCAACGCACACGUGGCUUCUCAGCAUGCAGGCACCAAGAACGAUGAUGGAUGUUCAGGCAAAAGUAAAGAACCACCGCCUCCUCGGAACAAACAGAAAGUAGGUACUAAAAACUUGGAGUGUCCCGAUUGCCAUAAAACUUUCAGUACGGAAACGUCCUUGCAGGUACACCGCAGAAUUCAUACUGGAGAACGGCCGUACCCUUGCCCCAAUUGCGGCAAAGCUUUCCGACAAUCCACACACCUCAAAGACCACAUGCGUCUACACACAGGCGAGAAACCCUUUAAGUGUGACGUGUGCGGGAAAGCCUUUACCAUUGCCGUCCGUCUGUCUGAGCACAAACGUAUCCACACUGGCGAGCGGCCCCACACCUGCCCAGACUGUGGCCGAGCCUACCGUUCCUUUUCAAACCUGUGGAAGCAUCGAAAGUUGCAUCGCGAGCAAGCUAUUCCACCAGCAGCCAGCGAGCCCCAUGUCACCGACCUCUCUAGCACCGUCGCUAUACUGGAGACCGUAGAAACCAUUCCCAUCAUUGAGACUGUUGAAAUCUUCCCUGAGGGCAGCGCAAUCAGUGUGCAGGACAUUCAGUUUGAGACUUUGCAAGUGGAGAAUAUUCAUUUGGGUAAUAUUCAGAUCAGCACCUUGUGAGGCAGAUGUACUUGUCAGUGAAUUAAAGGGCAGCAUGUUAUCUGCCAGAGCUGUAGGGCAAGGCUUUCCAUUCGUAGGCAUGCUGGCGCCAACAGGUCUUUGCUGUCAAAAUCUGCUUCAGUUAUGUCCUUCCAGUAUGAUGUUAAAAUACAUAUUUUAAUUAAACCCUCUAGUUAUUAACCUUUA